GUUGUAAUGGGCGAAGUGCUGCAGUUCUUCAACAAUUUAUUUGAUUCAGUUAAUGGAUAUACAUCAAAACCAGAAGCACCUUUGCGAGCAAUAAUUAAAGAGAAUAGUGCCCAUCACACAUUUUGGAAGGAUGCCAUACCGUAUAUUAAGGCAAUGAGAUAUGUACAUCCUGUUUCAAAGAAACCACUGACAGGAUAUUUAUGUUUAAAAAAUUGGAUUAAAACUCUUGAAGCUUUCCAAUAUUUAUGGAGAGUUUGGAAGAAAAAGGGCUUUAAACAAUUGAGGCCACGUUACAUCAAUCAAGACCCUUUGGAAAAUUUCUUCGGAUGCAUACGCUCGACAGGUUGCAGGAAUAUUAAUCCCACUUGCACUAACUUCUGUGCAGCAUACAAAAUCUUGCUCAUCAAUAAUUUAUCAUCACGGCAUACAAUUGAACGAAACUGCGAAGAUAUUUGUGAUGGGCAUUUAUUAUUCUCUUUAAAGGAUUUCAUUACUGAAGCAAGUGAAGAUGAUACUAAGAAUGAUGAGGUUGAAGAAGAAGAAAGUGCUCGUAUCGUCGAAACCCCAGAAGAAAGAAAUAAAAAGAAUCAUUUGCGAAAUGAAAGUGCAUACAGUGCAUUAUUGAGGAAGGACUUGUUAGUAAAAGCACCAUUUAAGUACUGUGCUGCAUGCAAAGCAACUGUAACGGACGGUGCAGACUUGGAACAAACACUGCAAACGAUAGAAACUUUGGUGAAGAAAUGCAUCACCUGA